UGCAACGGAGAUCAGCUGAAUGACAACUCUACAGCUUGGCAGCAGGACAUGAGUGAGUGAAUAUACAGGAGUAGUUCCAGGGUCAAUCCCUCACAGUGGCGCGUCAUUACGUCCGAGGAGAAUUGUGAUAUGUGCAUCGUGCUACAAUGACCGUCUCGAUCGGUACAUAUAGGCCUACUGGUUUCCACUGAACUGGUCAACGGCUUCCUCUACACCUUCACUAAGACGUAUUUUUACUUCAAUCACAUCUCUUAUACAUAUAUCUCUAGUUGCGCAUCAUGUCCACCAAAUCUUCGCCUGGUCGUCUCUUGCGGUACACCCUAUCGAUUUAUCGCAACCAGAAUAGUGCCGGCGAUGAGGCAGCCAAAUUUGCCAGGGAGUAUCUUGAGAAGAUUGCGCCAUUACAUGCUAAGAAUGGCAUUGAGAUGUAUCAACAAGUCUACUCUCCCGCCAGCUACCGUACCGCUCUAGAUGCCAUCAACCGUCGCGACGGGCGCGGCUUCGUAGUGGAUGACCACGACGUCACAGUCGAGUUUUACUUUCGCAACUUCGCGGAUCUCAGCAGGGUGACCUCGGACCCGGAGUUCAAGGCUAUCCAGGCCACCGAGGGCCCCUACGUCAACUUGGUCCAUACGGUGGUGUCAUUGGGCUGGGUCGAGAAAUAUGUCGACGGCGGCAGGGUCGUCAAUAUCGAUGAAGAUGGGAAGUCGACAUACCCACCGUGGUCGGAACUCAGUGAUAUAUCGACUGCGUUCGCUGCAGAGACGGAAGAUGGUAUGAAGUGGACCAAAGACGCCGAGGAGAGCAAGAAUUGAUCUGGAACUACUGGAGUAGAGGUCUGGGCAUACCUUAGCUUGCAGGUGGUAGAAAUCUCGCUCUAUCUUGUCGUUGUUCUUAGACAUUUACAACAGCGAGGGCCAUAUGAUACCUAGGAUAAGCUGGAAUGAAAAUGGAGUUACAAAAUAGGCUCUACUAAGCAUCGUAAGUUUGGGGGCUAUGGUAUUUGGGUGGUGUAGUUACACCCUCGAUAUGAUCGUGUGCUGCACA